UGCCACUGUCUUUUUUCAACAACGAACAGGUUUAUGUUACUUGGCUAACACGGCUAGCAAUAAUGGCUACUUUCAACACCUGACUGUGUUGUUGGCAAUAGUCCCCAAGCGAUUAAAUUGCCAAUCGUAUGGACUACACUGCUCUCAACAAAAAUCAUAGAAAAUUUGUCGCACAUCACUAUACAGAUAGCUAAGAUUAGCGUGUGGUUAUUUUUCACCGGGGCCCAUCAGUUAGCCAAGGCCUUUUGUUACCAGUUUAGUUGCAAGUUGGGCUAAAACAAAAUUGCAGUUGAACUGUAAACACAGUUAAAAUAGCUGUGUGUGUGUGUGUGUAGGUCCUGUCUGGCUGGCCCAUGGUGAGCCAAGGACAUAUAGUAACUGACCUGACUGAACAUGGCUUGUGUAGAGGAGCCCCCUGAGAAGCACUGCUGGGUGUGUUUCGCGACUGAGAGAGAGGACCGUGUGGCUGAAUGGGUUAGCCCCUGCAGGUGUAAAGGCUGUACCAAGUGGAUCCACCAAGCCUGUCUGCAGCGUUGGCUCGAUGAGAAGCAGAAAGGAAACAGUGGCGGAGCAGUCAGCUGUCCUCAGUGUGGAACAGAGUACAGCAUAGUCUUCCCCAAAAUGGGGCCGUUGGUCUACUUCCUCCAGCAGGUAGACAGUGCCCUGUCACGGGCCAGUCCAUUUGCCGCCGCAGGGGUGGUGGUGGGUACAGUCUAUUGGUCGGCUGUCACGUAUGGAGCUGUGACUGUCAUGCAGGUGGUAGGCCAUAAGAAAGGCUUGGAUGUGAUGGAGAGAGCUGACCCUCUGUUUCUCCUGAUGGGUCUACCUACCAUCCCUGUGAUGCUUGUUCUGGGCAAGAUGAUACGCUGGGAGGACUAUAUUCUGAGGCUAUGGCAGAGACACUCCUCUAAAUUACAGCUUCUACUGCCAGGUAUUGGUCGUCCAUUGCCCCGUAUUCCAGCUGAUGGGGGUCAUGGAGGAGACCACCUGUCAGUAUCUCGUACUCUUUGUGGAGCUCUCAUCUUCCCGUCCGUAGCCAGCCUGGUGGGAAGACUGAUCUUCAGCAGGAUACCCUCAUCUCUGCAACGCACUGUUCUGGGUGGUAUAGCCUUUGUGGUAAUGAAGGGAGUGUUGAAGGUAUAUUUUAAACAACAGCAGUACCUCAUUCAAGCCAACCGCCAUAUCCUCAACUACCCAGAGAGAGAGAGGGAAAGAGAGAGAGAGGGAAGUGAAGGAGGAGAGGACGACACAGAGGACAGUGGAAAUGACUGAACCCAAUACCCUGAAAGGGUAAGGCAGGAGAGAGGGAGUGGUCGAGCUGAGAAAUAAUGACUGGAAGUUAGGUACCUGAUUGGCAGGACUAUCUUCCCCUACAGAAUCCUCUCUGUUCCCCGACUUCACACAAAAAUAAAUCCCUGACUCAUGCAACAUGCUGUAGUUUUGUUUAACCCAGACAUGGUGCAUUUUAGGUGUGUUCUGUUUCCAAACAGGACAUGAAACCAGUAGUUUUGAGUUUUGAAUACUUUCCACCCAUUUGUCUUCUGAACACAACCCCACUCUGAUAUUUGCAUUGUAUGAUAUCCACUAAAUCAUGAGUGUGUGUGUGUGGGUGUCUUCUACACUGUAUGGUAUUUGUAUGAAAGAUUGAACUAAUAAAGUGAUUUGAUUGUUA